AUGUCGCACAUCCCCUACGCUUGGACCGACUGCCUGAGCGGUAUGUAUCCGUCGUUGUCGCAUUCUUUCAGCGCCUCUGGUGCAGGAAACGAGGCGCGGGAGGACCCCACGCACAACAAGUUUCGCCAACAGCCAUUCACGCCAGCCGAAAACGUCAGCGACAGCGCCGUCGAGUCCUUGGGCCUCUUCCACCACCACGCCGUCGACCACAUGGCGCGCCAGCAGCUCCCGCCGCCCGGACCAAUGUCGUCGUCGGCGUCGGCAGCGACUCUAUCCAAGUCACAGAUGGCCGGGCCCGAGCACGCAACCUGUUUUCUGUCGGCCCCGUGCGACAAGCCUGACUGCGAUGAGGCCACCAUUUGCUACGACUAUUCUCUGCCGCACUAUGCCGACAUCCACUGCUCCCAGGACGCCUUCAACUGCCCCGAGACUUUCGACUGCGCGGAAACCAAUUGCCAUGCCGCUGACUGGGUGUGCACCGACCUGAACUGCCACGAACCCGGUUGCGACCAAGAACACGCUCGGGAAUGCACUCCUGCCUGUGCUGCGACCGCUGUCCCCUGCUCCGAUCCAACUUGCAGUGAUGAUCACCUCUACUGCUGUCUCUCGGACGUCUGCCCUCGCCCUCAUCCCCCUGGCACCGAAUGUCCUCAACCGCUAUGUCACGAUCAACAUGUCCAUCCUGCCACCACAAUCUGCCACCCGGGCCCUGCAGUCGCCUGUACACAACCAUAUGGCUACAAAGUCCCCUCGACGGCGACUGCCAGCCAAGAUACCAUGUCGAUCAGCACUAUCAGCACCCCAACCACGGAUUCUGUCCCCACGCCAGACAAUUUUCAGUCUCUGAUAGAGGCUGCCUCGUUGAUGCCGCAUGUCGGCUACAAUNNUUUUCUGCCACAAGGUAAUUGCUGUCCGACCUCAUCGUCUUUGGUUAAUUCACUGGCUGACCUUUACAGUGCUUACCCACCACGAAAACGCAUGCGCCUCGAAGAGUCAAACUCUUCCUUCCACGACUUCAAUUCACCUUAUUACUCUUCGAACGACUACUGGCAACAGGACCUCUCCCACAGCUUCUCAUCAUCACAAUUUGCUUCGGCGAGCCAACCAGCUACUGCCAGAGCCUCACCAGCCAUCAAGACCAAAGCGCGCCAAGAAAAGGCUUCAAAAGACCUGGAUGAUAUUGCCGUUUGCAGAUGGAACGACGAAGUCACUNNGGAGAAGAAAUUCAAGUGUGACUACCCCGGCUGCGGCAAAGUCUUCGGCGUCAAAACAGCUCUGUCAACUCACAAGCGUACCCAUACCAAUGAGAAGCCUUUCUCAUGCCGCUGGUGUGGUGACAGCUACUCGGACAGUUCCAACCUAUCCAAGCAUCGGAAGACCGUCCACGAGGACGACAAAACCGCCAUACCCUGCCCGGAUCCAGACUGUGAGUACAAAGACUCACGCGCUCAGCGCCUCGAGCGCCAUUGUCGCGAUACCGGCCACGGAAUGGCUCUAUACGCCGACGCCCAUAAGUGGAGCGAGUAUACCAGGAAAAAGCAGGUCCGGAGCCGGACAGCCAGUAUUGCUCCCAGCAUGGUCUGA